GCGCCCUCCCGCGCCUUCUGUUUUCUGUUUCGCCGGAGCGUCGCCCGGGCAAGCUUAUUCCGAGCAAAACCCAAUGAUCGGAAUACAUCACGCGAGGAGUCCGCCUCCUCCUCUCCCUUUCCGCCAAUCUCUCCGUUCCCGCCGAGCCGCCUUCUUCUCUCGGUGCUUUAACUUCUCUCGACUCCCUGUCCUCCCUUCGCCACUCACCUACUUCGGUAACCCGAAUAAAUGCCGCCCUGGAUCCCUGCGUUUCGUGCCUCCGGUAGCUGUUGCCGCGAGUUCUGAGCGCUCGCCAUUCUCCAUCGAGCCGUACACCGUCAGAAUCCCCGUCGGCGAUCGGCAUAUUGUCGUGGAGACUGGACUUAUUGGGAGGCAAGCCAGUGGAUCUGUUACGGUGACGGAUGGUGAAACUAUCAUCUAUACAUCUGUCUGUUUGGCUGAUAUUCCCAGUGAGCCUUCUGACUUUUUCCCUUUAUCUGUCACCUAUCAAGAACGUUUUUCAGCUGCAGGGCGUACUAGUGGUGGGUUUUUCAAAAGAGAAGGAAGGACAAAGGAUCAUGAGGUUCUAGUAUGCAGAUUGAUCGACAGGCCUUUGCGACCCACAAUGUUGAAGGGAUUUUACCAUGAAACACAAAUAUUGUCAUGGGUCUUGAGCUAUGAUGGUUUGCAUCCCCCUGAUUCAUUGGCAAUAACAGCAGCUGGAAUUGCGGUUGCUCUUUCGGAAGUCCCAAUUUCCAAGCCAGUUGCUGGUGUUCGAAUUGGUUUGGUUGGUGAUCAGUUUAUUAUAAAUCCAACUACUACAGAGAUGGAGAACUCUAAGCUAGACAUGUUAGUUGCUGGCACUGAUGAUGCCAUUUUGAUGAUUGAGGGUUACUGUGACUUCCUCACAGAGGAGAUGCUGUUGAAGGCUGUGGAGCUUGGACAGGGAGCAGUGCGCACAAUAUGUGAGGAGGUGCAGGAUUUGGUCAAGAGGUGCGGAAAGCCCAAGAUGAUUGAAGCGAUCACGCUUCCUCCGCCUGAGCUAUAUAGGCAUGUUGAAGAAAUUGCUGGUGACGAGCUUGUAAGGACAUUGCAAAUUAAAAGCAAAAUACCUAGAUCAAAAGCUCUUGCUGCAUUAGAGGAGAAAAUUCUGUCUGUGCUUGCCGAAGAAGGUUUAAUUGCAAAGGAUGAGAAUUAUGUUCCUGCUGAAUUGGUCCCUGAGGUGUAUGAGGAUGAAGAUGAGGAUGAUGUUAUUGUUGAAGAUGGGGAAGUAGAUGAAGGGGAUGUCCAUAUAAGGCCAGUUACAAGGAAGCCUAUGGCCUUGAAAUUUUCUGAGGUUGAUGUGAAGCUUGUAUUUAAGGAGGUAACAUCAAAGUUUCUGCGGAAGCGUAUAGUAGAGGGUGGGAAAAGAAGUGAUGGACGAAAUCACCAAGAGAUACGCUUGAUUAACUCAAGAUGUGGACUGCUUCCAAGGGCUCAUGGAAGUGCUCUUUUUACACGUGGAGAAACACAGUCACUUGCAGUUGUCACCCUUGGUGAUAAGCAAAUGGCUCAAAGAAUAGAUAACCUCGUGGAUUCUGAUGAAUUAAAACGCUUCUAUCUCCAGUACUCCUUCCCUCCUUCCUGUGUUGGAGAAGUUGGACGAAUUGGAGCACCUAGUAGAAGGGAAAUUGGCCAUGGAACGCUUGCAGAGAGAGCCCUGGAACCUAUUUUGCCUUCAGAAGAGGACUUCCCCUACACAAUACGUGUUGAAAGUACUAUUACAGAAAGCAAUGGUUCCUCAAGUAUGGCAUCAGUUUGUGGCGGAUGCUUGGCUUUGCUAGAUGCUGGAGUUCCAAUAAAGCGUUCUGUUGCCGGGAUAGCAAUGGGCAUGGUUUUGGAUACAAAAGAAUUUGGAGGAGAUGGAAGUCCCCUUAUUCUUUCUGAUAUCAGUGGAUCUGAAGAUGCUUCUGGUGAUAUGGAUUUCAAGAUUGCAGGAGAUGAGAAUGGCAUCACUGCUUUUCAGAUGGACAUAAAGGUUGGUGGAAUUUCUCUUCCUGUUAUGGAGAAAGUACUACUGCAGGCAAGGGAUGGACGGAAGCAAGUUCUUGCUGAGAUGUUGAGGUGCUCCCCAUCUCCAGCCAAGAAAUUAUCCAAAUAUGCCCCACUAAUUCAUGUGAUCAAGGUUAAACCAGAAAAACUGAAUAUCAUCAUUGGAACUGGUGGGAAGAAGGUGAAAAGCAUCAUUGAAGAGUCUGGAGUGGAAAAUAUAGAUACGGAAGUUAAUGGCCUGGUCAAAAUAACUGCCAAGGACUUAACAAGUUUGGAGAAAUCGAAAGUCAUGAUCACUAAUCUAACAAUGGUUCCCGCUGUUGGUGACAUUUACAGGAAUUGUGAGAUAAAAUCAAUUGCACCUUUUGGAGUUAUUGUGGAGAUUGCUCCUGGUCGUGAGGGUCUCUGUCAUAUUAGUGAACUGACAUCAAGUUGGCUAGCGAAGGCUGAAGAUGUGUUUAAAGUCGGAGAUCGUGUGGAUGUGAAAGUUAUUGAGAUCAAUGAACGAGGUCAAGUCCGUUUAAGUCGUCGAGCACUACUGCCAGAUGAAGACACAGAGAAAGCAAAUAGUAAACAGGGGUCCAGCGAUGCUGAUGCUACUUCUGAUGUGUCUGUUGAUGGUUCCCUUCAAAAGAGUAAAGCAGAACCCCUAAGCAAAGACAUCACCUUGGAAAAGCCGAUCCGUGGCUCAGCAGAUGGACCAAUUACUAAAGAUGGAUCUGUUAAAUCUCCCAAAAAUAGCAAAGUCUAUAGACGAUCAUCCAGUUCGCGAGAUAUGCCUGUUGCUAAUAAAGAGGGGCCAAAGAAAAGUAGCGGUAAAAAUGUUGCUACGACUGCUGCAGAUGAUGGCACAGUACUUAGUGGAGAGACUAGAAUGAGUUAGAAAAUUUUUGAAAAUGGUUUAAUUUGCCAUAUGCAUUGAAUCAUUGAUGGCCCAACUGGUGUUGAAAAGGAAAUCCUUCGUUCAAUUGUGAAAAUUCCAGGUUUUUCAGUUUCUGGAUUCACAUGCUGUUUUCUCACUUUUGAUGUUAAGGCGGCAUCAUUUUGUGAACUUUUUUGAGAUGCUGGAGUUUGUGGCCGAUGUUUGGAAGCUUUUGAUAUGCCAACGGUGGAGUAUAUUUGAAAGAGGCACUGCUCCUUGUCUGUGAUAUUGCCUAAUCAUCCUUUAUUUGUCCGAAGCUUCAACAGGGAAGCCUUGGGUGUUCUUAUUGCCUGCUCUGCAGCUUUGUCAUGUAAGGUUGUGGGCAGCGUAAUGUUUUUAGACUCCCAAAUUCCAAGCAUUCGGAAGUCAACUGUACAGUUUUUUCUACCUCAGGUGCUAUGUUGCCGCUGCAUGUAUGAACAUGGACUUGUAAUCUUUUCUUUUUUGUGCUAUCAUCAUUUUGCCUCUAUCUUAAA